AUGCAUUACGAGCAGGUCACGCCGAAGAGCUAUCCAGUUAAUUUAAUAGAUAAAGACUGGACUCAACGGAAACUAUAUUUUAAUAGUCCUGCAAAAUCCAUGCCAGAUGUGAUUCACGAUAUGGAGGUAUUAGAAGAUGAUGUAUGGAUUGUAACCAAUCCAAAAUGCGGCACCACUUGGAUGCAAGAACUUGUUUGGCUUCUGAUGAAUGAUUGUAAUUUCGAGGCAGCACUAUCCAAAGAUCUGGAAUUGCGUUCCCCAUUUUUAGAAUUCGAUUAUUUGAUACACCGUGAUGUUGACAGAGCAUUAAAGCCAGUUCAGGAUCUGUCAUCUCCGCGUGUUAUAAAAUCUCACCUUCAGCUGGCUUUGUUACCCGCUCAACUUUGGCAAAAGAAACCCAAAGUAAUCUACGUCUUUCGAGAUCCCAAAGAUGCUUGGAUAUCUGCCUAUUAUCAUUGCGUUACUAUCGGUUUUCGAUAUGGUAUAACAUUGGAGCAGUACAUGAACGACUUACUUAAGUCGGAAGCUGCUAAAAGAGAUCCUGUUCUUCAUGCUAUCGAAUUUUAUCAUCUACGCAAUGAACCUUGGGUUUACUACACAAGUUUCAAUCGAAUGAAGCUAGAUCUAAGGAAAGUAAUCGAAGAUUUAUGCAAGUUUCUUAAUAAGACUGUGACAGAGCAACAAAUGGAACGUCUGCUUAAGCAUUUAUCUUUGGAGGAAAUGAAAAAAAAUCCGACAACGAAUCAUCUCUGGGAGUAUGCUCAAACACAUCAUCCGAACAAAGGCAAAGAAGUCCACAAUUUCACACGCAGCGGAAAAGUUGGUGGGCAUAAAGAAGAACUGAAACCUGAACAAAUCGAAAAAGCUGAUCGUUUUAUAGUGGAAAGACUAGAGGCAAAUCAAAUCACACUCGAACAACUUUUGUUAGGAGUUGUGGUUUCCACCUUCUUGGCAUUAUCCUCCUUGGAAGAGGGGCCAGUCUGUGUGAUCUGCACCAGGCGCUCAGUUGGAGGCGGAGGCAGUUUCUUCAUGGGAGCUGUGAUGGUCAGCAGACCAUCGGAGGACAGCGAUGAGGUGACUGAAUCUGGGUUGACAUCACCUGAGCAAGAAAAACAAUCAAAAUUGUUAGCAAAGCUUUCGAAGUUUCGAAGAAGAGAAAACAUCUCGACACUCACUGGGAAGUUGAUAACGUCUGGAGAACUGACGAGAGACAAAGCCAUGCUCGUCCUGCUUCUCCUCAUGCUUGCCCUCGACAAUGACAAAUCUGUCGGCAACCUUGACGGUAAUCUCAUUGGGCGAGAACUGCUGCACAUCCAGAAUGACCUCGAAUUUCUCGCUAUCAAUGUUCAGCGUGGAGCCAGACUCCUGCUUCUGCAGGCUGUUGGCCGAUCGCUGCCAUGGACGCAGAUAACCAGAGCGCAGAACUGUGGGGCGAGAGUUCCAGACGGACGACAAGAGAUCAUCACGCUUCAGACCCUGACCAAAGUGCUGAUCCAAGAGGCGCGAGUUUGUGUGUGGGAGAGUGCGUCGGCAUCGGCAACGGCUGUGAUUGUGGCAGUGGCAGAGCGUCAUGUGAUACGCGAAACUGGCUGCGAAAACAUAACAAAAACAGCAAUUACGAAACGCAACGCAAUGCAAAAGGCGCUGCCCGUGACAGACUUGUCCCUGCCCCAAACUGGAGUUGGACGCUGCUGGCUGCUCGUGCUCGUCGUGCUGAUGGCGUUGACAACGCCGCUGCACGCCAAUGGUGCUGAUGGGCAUCUGACCAAGCGCUACUCGGACCAGAGUGUGCACGGUUAUAUGACUGAGCGCACUUGCUGGUGGAAUGAAGUCUGCAAGGAGGAGUUCCAAAAUCUAUUUCGUUGCAAGUGUCCACAGUUCUCGUAUUGCCGCUCGCCGGGACGAUAUUAUAAUGCCUACUGCUCUAUGACGGAUACCGGAUAUAUUUGGACUCAACUGGCGAUGGGCCCCGUCGAGCGCUGAGUGUGACGUCAAACAUAUCAUAGUAACAGCAGCAACAACAACAACAACAAUACCAACGGCAGAGGCAGCAGUAACCUAAACACUGCCUGCUGAUAGUAUGCAACCAUUACCCAAGUGGCCUCCAACCUAAUGUUCUAAAAACUAUCGCAAAUGCUCAUUGGUUUUUAAUCACAAUUCAAACAGUUAACCGAGGCUCCUCAAAUGACAUUAUAAAAGACAUCUAGCUGGAUCUAGUUUAUAAUGUCGAUUCUGGAGACUCCCCUAAAUGUAGUCAAAACAAAUAACAAAUAUUCACACGCUUUGUAUUUGUGUGCGUAUAUCUCUUGGAUUCUUUUUUGUUUUUCGAUUUGUAUGCCCAAUAAAAAAUCGAACUUUUCAUUAUAAAAUAAUCAAAAAUUGUGCAACUGUUGUUAGACUUUUGGCAAUCAGUAUGCGAGUCAUGGAAAAUCGAUAAACAGCCUUUCAAUCUGCAGACUGUGAGCUGGUGUGCGUGUGCACAGUGACAAAGAGCAUGCAACACUUAAAAGG